ACAGCUUGCCUUUGCCGUGUUUGUAUGUUCUCGGCGCAUUGCCCGUCGCUUAUUGUUGUAAAGAUAAAAAGUUGAGUAUUUUUACUAAUUACUGCUUAGGAAAUUUGAGAAGAAAAUGAGCAGCAACCGCAGCAGCAGAUCGUCAAAAAUAGGCAAAAUUAAAAGUGUCUACUGCAAGAAUUUUGUCACAUACGGCGAAUGUCUUUUUCAUCCAUCGGAAUAUUUAAAUGUUGUUAUUGGCCCCAAUGGAACUGGAAAAUCGACUCUUGUUUCAGCUAUUGUAUUGGGCUUGGGAGGAGAUCCCAAAAUUCUCGCUCGCUCAAGUUCAAUUGGAGAGUAUGUUAAAAAUGGUUGUGAGUCUUCCAAAGUCUCAGUCGAAGUAUAUGGUCAGAGCGAUGAUACCACAAAGUUUCAGCGCACAUUCGAUAUAAACGGAAAAUCACAAUUUGCUAUUAAUAACCAGGCAGUAUCGCAAAAAAAAUUCUUGGAAUAUGUGGACCAGUUUAAAAUACAAAUAAGCAACCUGUGCCAAUUUUUACCCCAAGAUAGAGUUCAAGAUUUUGCUAAAAUGAACCCCCAAGAAAUUCUCUCCAAUACUAUUGGUUCUGUUUGUGGUCCAGACGUUGUUAAUAAUUUUAAAAAGUUGAAAGAGCUACGCAACGCACAGGAGCACGGAAAGUCAAGUUAUAAAACGUUGGUUCAGAAACUAGAAGCGACAAUGAAUCGUACAGAAGAGUUAAAACUACUAUUAGAACGUUACAUUGCACGUAAAGAUAUCCAAGAUAAGCUCGGCAUAUGCUCGGCUAAAAAACUGCGUCUAGAAAUCGUCGAUAUUCAGAGGAAACUAACUGAGCUUGAACAAGAUCUUGAUCUGGCUAAAGGAAAUUUAACAACGUAUGAACGUGAAUAUCAGGCUGUUAUAGAAAAACAAGCUACUAUUGACGUCACCACUGGUAAAAUAAAAAAGGAAAUAGAAGAGAAGGAUCAUAACCUGAAAAUUGCAGACGAUAAAAAAAAUCAAAUAAUCAAAAAAAUUGAAAAACUUAAAAGUCAAAUAAAUGAGGAAAAGUCCAAAUUCGAGAAACGUAAGCGGGAUUCAAACGAACGUCAAAACGAAUUAAAACAUGAAUGCAAAAUGUUACAAGCUUACGCACAAGAUUGGAAAAACCUUAAAGGCGAAGAAGUGGCUGUUGAAGCUCAAGAAACACACUUAAGAGAGUGCGAGUUAAAAAUGGAGCAAAUAAAGCAGGAGACGAAACGAUUAAAUCAGGAGCAUACUUGGCACAGAUGUCACAAAAAGGAUUUAACGGAAUAG